AUGUUCCGGUCCUCCUGUGGCGGUCAGCCUGGUGGCAUGGCUCCUGUACUGGGGAGCUCGAGGAAACCACCUCCGCGUCCAUUCGAUGCACAUCUGCGACUGCCAAAGACUCCUCCAUCCCAAAAUUCAGUUUCACAAAGAGAUCUGCAAUCUAUAGAACAAUUAAAGCAGAGGAGUUUCUGCUCCACAACAGUUUCGUCCAGGCACCUGGACCACUUCAGUUUCCUUGUCUGGAUCACUUUCAUAUGCCAAAAACUCUCGCUCACUCGAUUUUACCAGAGCCGGAAAAAAGUUUCUUUUUUCCCAACAUCCACGGGCACAAGCCAUCUUUUGGGUGGGUUGUCACCAAAAACAAAGGCCAGCAAGACUAUACCUCAGCAACGUCACUCCCCCGUAUCAGCCAGACAAGCUUUUUGUAAAAAGUACCACCUACCAGAUCUCACAGAUACAUCAAGUUUGGGUUCACGCAGGAUCACCUUCUGCACGUUGAGAGGAGUGAGGCGGUGCGCGAGGAGGAGCGGGACGAAGGGGCUGUGGACGAGCGAGUGCUCGCCGCGAGUGGCGGGUGUUCGGCGUGGUCAGGACGCUCGCCUUCAGUGUGAGGUGGUCGCACCCACAGGCUCUGUCCUCACGUGGUACAAGGACGGCGUGUCACUGAACCGAGAGGGUGCCCAGGUCGAGGUAGGUUCCACGCCCCAAGAGCUUCUGGAAGAGGCGACCAACAUGCUGGGUCUUGAGGAGGAGCUGUCCUCAACGGCGUCCACUUCCGCCUCCGUCCUGCAAAUCUCCUCCGUCGUCUAUUUGGACUGCGUCUCCAACCAACACCAGGCGACAUACAAGUUGGAGGUGAGGGCACCACGGAGUCAGAAGUCUUACUCUCGUCUUUUUACUGUAGUUAUCGUAGGUGACGAAAGCGAGACACUGGAGGAAGGCCCCACGUGCCGCCUGGGCGGCCUCGUCAAUGCUCUGCCUCGCAUCUACCAACACUCCCCCGCGGCCAUGGGUCAUGUAGGGGACUCCGUGACUUUGCCUUGUCGCUCGCAGGGUCACAACGUCACUCGGGAAUGGUUCCUCAACGAUGAGAGGAUUUCUGGCGACGCCAGCUAUCAAAUUUCAGGCACCGGCGACCUGAUUGUGCGACGGCUGAGUGCACAGGGUCGCACACGGUAUACUGCAGGGUGGCCAGCACGCGGUUCUCUGCCCUCAUUGACACUGUAUUAA